AUGUUUAUGACAACAGCAGUUGAUGGUACCGUGACACCAUCCGUUGAUGGUACUGAGGAACCAACAACAGCAGAAACUCAAGAACCAAUUGUUGAUAAUACUAGGGAACCAACAACAGCAGAAACUCAAAAACCAAUUGUUGAUGGUACUGAGGAACCAACCACUUCAGAAACUAAGACACCAGUAGUUUAUGGUACUGGGGAACCAACAACUGCAGAAACUCAGACACCAGCAGUUGAUGGUACUGAGGAACCAACCACUGCAGAAACUCAGACAUCAACGGUUUAUGGCACUGAGGAACCAACGACGGCAGAAACUCAAAAAACAAUUUUUGAUAGUACUAGGGAACCAACAACUGCAGAAACUCAAACACCAGCAGUUGAUGGUACUGAGAAACCAACAACUGAAGAAACUCAGACACCAGCAGUUGGUGCCACUGAGGUACCAACAACUCCAGAAACUUUAGAACGAAUUGCCGAUAGUACUAUGUUACCAACGACUACAGAAACUCAAACACCAGCAGUUGAUGGUACUGAAAAACCAUCGACUGAAGAAGCUCAAAUACCAGCAGUUGAUGGUACUGAAAAACCAACGACUGAAAAAACUACGACAACCGCAGUUGCUUGUACUGAGAAACCAACGACUGAAAAAACUCAGACACCAGCAGUUGUUUGUACUGAGAAACCAACGACUGAAAAAACAACUACACCAGCAGUUGAUUGUAACCAACAACCAACAACUGAAGAACCUCUGACACUAACAGUUGAGGAAACAAUAUCGGUAGAAACUUACGAUAGUAAUGAAUCAGAUUCUGAGGGAACUGAGACACCAUCGGAUGAUAGUUCAGAGGAAACAAGUGAAGAAGUACCUACAAUAUGUAAACAUCCUCAAGCACCGGUGAUUGAAGGUACUGGAGAACCAACAACUGAAGAAAGUCAGACAACAGCGGUUAAUGGCACAGAAGAAGCAACAACUGAAGAAACUCUGUCAACAACGAUUGAUGGUAAUGAGGAACCAACAACUGAAGAAACUCAGACAACAGCAGUUAAUGGCACGGAAGAAGCAACCACUGAAGAAACUCAGACAACAACGAUUGAUGGUACUGAGGAACCAACAACUGGAGAAUCUGAAACACCAACGGUUGAUGGUAUUGAGGAAUCAAUGACUAAAGAAACUCAGACACCUUUGGUUGAUGAUACUGAGGAACCAAUAACUGAAGAAACUCAGACACCAGUGGUUCAUUGUUCUCAGGAACCAAACACUCAAGUAGUCCAAAAGCGACCGAAAAAACCGAAGAAGAAAAAGAAAAAAAAGAAGAAGCUGAACAAAAAGAAAGAGACUUGUUGCGAUACAUUAUCAGACGUACCUAAAAUAUACAAAUUAUUAUUAAAACUAGUUUCCAAGUCUAGCGAGGAAAGGCACAAACCUCAUAAAUCAAAGCAUAAGCUGAAAAAGCAUGGAGCACACAAACCACCCCAUUUCCACAUUCAUCAGCAUCGUCAUUUUUACUUUAAAGGUCUUCAAGAAUAUUUUCGACACCAUCCACCACUCUCCUCUGAAGGCAAAUCUGUAUCAGCCGACGAUAAUCAAUAAGGUACUAAAACCAAUGUAUUAACUCAACAUACAUUUAAAUGAUUGUUAUGGCAAUGGCAUACGACUGAAUGAAGCCACCAUACGUCCAAACUGGAAACAACCUGAGCAGAAACAUACUUAGAACACCAAUAGAAGAAAUAAAGAUCAGUGGAAACUUAAUUUCCAUGACAUAAUUGUAUGUUGAUAAUAUUCUAAUAGUCUAAUUGUCGCGUUGUGUUGAUACUGAAAACAAUAAAUAAA